CCUUCCCAGAGAGCUGGUGCGAGCCCACCCGGCAGCUCAGACCGGGAAAGGCCGGUUGGAUACUGGGCUGGGCCGUGGCCCUGACAACCUCCCCGCCACCUGAAUGGGAGCAGAGGCGCCCCGGGAGGCGGGUGAGAGGAGGACGCGCACUGCGGCGCAGGACAAAUUAGUCCAGAUGUCCACGAUUUCUAAGCAGUUUGGACUGAAAUACAAAGAAGAAUCGUACAUCUUUAAAGAGAUUGAGAAGGUUCGCAAGGAGACUAAAAAGGAAUUUCUCCGAUUCAAGGAGAAGUUGGCCUCCAAGCCGGCUGUGGGUGAAGUCCCUGUUUUCGGCCUCCGGGUCCCCGGUCCGGCCCGGCAUGGGGGGAAGUGGAGCGUUUCCCGCGCCACACCCCAAAAGCCACCAGGCUCCCCUCGGGCCAAAGGCCGUGCGCCCCUCGCUGCGGCCCUCCCGCAGCCGGCGCCCCGAGGCGCAGCGCGGCCCCCGGGCCCGAGCGAGGCGGCCGCUUCCGGGAAGACCCAGCCCUUCUGCCCCCAGGACUUCUACUUGCGGAGCUCCGCGUUCCUCCGGCACCGGCCCCAGAAGAAGCCGCCGGUCAUCGCCUCCAGGGCGGGCACGUCCAGACCCGUGGUCCUGAUGCCGCCACCUGCGCCCAGGGGGAAGGUCCGGGCGCACCAGGGCGCCAGAAGCCCACGGCCCGCGGGCUCCAAGCCGGUCCUCGACCCGGUCGGGGGCCGCGACGCGAGCCAGGAGACGGCUCGGCUCGCGGAGGCCCGCAAGGCCAGAGAGAGGAAGGGCGGCUCCCUGUCCGGAGACGAGGGAGACGAGGGAGACUCGGAGGCGGCCGGCCGGCGGAGUGAAGUGAGGAUUCACACCCGCUUCCUGCGCGAGGGCUCGCGCGGCGAGUCGCGGGAAGCCCCCGUGUCGGUUUCCAAAACCGACCGCGAGAGCGAUCCGCCGAGUGACGCGCGGGAGGCCGCCCCGCAGGACCCACAGCCCGUGCGAGCGAUCCCGGCAUCCAUCGAGAUCAUCGCCCCGCUUCAGUCCGAGGCCCAGCAGGCCUCCGACCCGAGCAUCAAAGAGCUCAUCCAGAGCGUCCUCGGCCAGAACUACGACAUUAAAAUGGAAGAUAUUUCUUUAAUGGGAAAAGUGUACUGGCCAAAAACACCGCAAGUGCAAGCAGAGCAAGGACUGCAGAAUGUGCUUGAGAAGCUUCCUGAAGCUGUAUCAAGUACUUUCCAGAUUGAACAAGAGGACGUAUCGGAACGGGGAGUCUCAGAUGCAGAAAGCAUAUUAUUUAAGCCUCAGGAAACUUUGGAAGUUCAGUCAGCAGAUGAAUCAAGUACACCUUUGGAAGGUGAACAGCCCACUGGUGAUUCAAAAACAACCAAGUGGCUGUCUUUAAAGGUGAAAUCAUCAGAAUUGUUGCAAAUCAAAGGAAAAGAAGUUAAGCGAAGGCGGAAAAGUAAAUUAGGAAUUACACAACAGAGACAAAGAAAGGUUUCCAAGCCCCUGUGUGAUCAAAACCUACCUAAAAAAAAAAUUCCACGAGACUACUCCACUCGGACCCUUCACGAUCUGUGCGCCACUAUCCCAGCCCAAGAGCUGCCCAUUGACUUGCGCCUGGCUUCUCGAGUGUAUCAUACAGCCGACAAGAAAGGCCACAAUACUGUACUUGGAGUAUGUGGAACCUCUUUCUUAGAUGAUCGCUAUACAGAUGAAGAGCAAAGAGAUAGAAUACUGCAAGGAAUUCCUGUUAUGGGUGACAAUCAAGAAUAUGUUGCCGUCCUUCCAACAAGACCAGGGAUACCACCUGAAUUGGCACCAGGAACUGGACAGAGUGCUCAGAAACCACACCUACAACUCUCGGGAGAGGAAGUGUCUGCUUAUCCAGGAUUUACCAAGUUGUUUUGGAAUCUGACUUCGCCCAAAUUCUCUGUUCCAGUGUCUGUCAUAAAGGAAACCAUAUAUCCAAAAUAUGAGAGUGUGCAAGCAAGCAGAAUUUUAUUUGAGAAAUUUACAUCUGAAAGCAAGGAACGUGUCAUUACUUUAAAUCAACAUAGAAAGUCAGUGUAUAUUUGUCAUUUGAUUAUUUCACAGAUGUUUUUCCUAAGAAAAUCAGCCUCAUUUGAAAAUAUCCAAAAAUGUUUCAGCGUGCAAUCUCCACAAUUAAAGAGAGUAAAAUCUGCAGUUGAGUUGAAGAAGGACACCAUAACUCCAUUAGAGAUUAAGGAUGACAUGCAAAGCAAUAUGAAAGAGGUGACGUUUCAGAAAACAAAGGAGUUGGAGCACUGGAUGGCUGAGCAAAAUGAAACUGAGGAACCCGUCCCUGUGAAAGACAAUACAGAUACUAUUUUAGACAACAUGCAGGGCAGAUACAGUUCGAGAGGCGUGUCUCCCUCUCUCAUUGAAGCAUCUAGACAAGCUGGCAUUACUAACGUUGUUUACCCCAAGAAAAAGAAGAUGAAACUGAAGAAAGGAUUAAGACUCAGUAAACUUACACUUGUGUAUGAUGAGUUAUCCAAGCCUCCAAAAAUUCUUAAAAGAUCAGAGUCUCACGGAAUCCUUCCUGGACAGAAGAAAUUUUUGCUCAGAGUUCCACUAUAUGAACGUCUAUUACGGUGUCCCAGUGUACCUUUGUGUUUAAAUUUUGACAAAUUUGCCCAGAGUAAAGGAAUAAUUCCAGAAAAUAGUGGUCCUCAAACAUGGGCUCUUGACAUGUUCUCUAAGCCUAAACAAAAGAAGACAACCCCAAGAGAGAAAGUUGUUAAAAUAUCUGUUCAUGAAGACUUGUCUGAAAGAAUGAAAAAAACACCAGAAAUAGAAUUGAGUGAUUCUUUGGAGUCUCGUCUUCCUCCAGAGGUCAUUAGACAUUAUGAAUCCGAAGUGGAGAUCUUGACUGAAGAAAUAAAUAGUAAGAAGAAAUAUCCUGCAUUUUUAUAUUGUAGGCGUGGAGCUCUUUAUAGGAAACUGGGAAAGCUCCAGAGUGCCAUGAAUGAUCUACAGAAAGCUAUACUCUUGGAGCCAUUGUUUCUCAAUGCCUAUUGGCACCGACAUUUCAUUUAUCUUUUCCAAGGCAGAAUUAAUGAAGCUUUGGAUGACUUGAAUUAUAUAAAUAAAUAUAAUAAAAAUAAUGCAGAGGCAUAUAUUUCAAGGGCAGAAAUUUUCAGAGGAAAAAAAGACAGUACUUUGGCAAUUGUAAAUUAUACUCAAGCAAUUAAGUGCAAGCCCAUGGAUGCUGAUACAUAUUUCAGGAGGGGUGAGAUGUACGAAGUAGAAAACAAAGUACUGGCCUUUGAUGACUUUACUAAAUGUAUCUUUUAUGAUCCCAGAAGAACAGAUGCAUUAUUUAAACGUGGGAUGUUCUACUAUGAAAAUGAAAACUGGAUUGCAGCUGAAGAGGAUUUUACAACCUUGUUAAAUAUAGAUCCCCAAAAUUCUCAAGCAAGGACAUACCGAGGGAGAGUAUAUUUUAAACAGCACUUUUAUAAGCAAGCAACUCAAGAUCUUUCUACUGCAAUUCACUUAGAUCCUAAUAACUGGUUAGCAUUGUAUUACAGAGCCUGCUUAUUUAGGAAGAGUAACCCUCUUAGAGCACUGCAGGAUUAUAGUGUUUCAGCUCUCAUAAAUGACGGCUGUGAGAAUCUUAGCUGCUUCCUGCAUCGUGGCGCACUCUACACGGAUCUAAAACUUUGGUUGCUGGCAGUUUGUGACUUUGAAGCUGUUAUUUCUCUAGAAAGAACCGUUAUUUUGCCUUAUAUAAAUAUUGGCCUCAUAUAUCUACUACACCUGGAUAACUACAUUGAAGCCACUCGGUAUUUUUCUGAGGCUAUUAGACUUGACCCUAUGUAUAUUCAAAGCUAUAUUUGUCGAGCAGAAGCCUAUCAUAAGUUGCACAAAUUGAAAAAGGCAGUAAGAGAGUUAUCUCGUGCUAUCCACCUUCAGCCAGAUGGAAUCCAAUUAUAUAUAAUAAGAGGACAAUAUCUUCUUAGGAUGAAGUGCUAUGGUCUUGCAAAGUUCACUAUUUACCAAGUAGCAGAAAUGACCAAAGGUCUCAUUGAGUUGAGUCCUAUACAGCAAGCACUCAUUUAUUCAUUUUGCGAGAAACAUGACAAGGCCAUUCAGGUCUUAGAUGGGAUCACUUUGAAUAAGCCUGAGGCCACCAUGUAUGCUCUAUUGGCAAAAGCUCAAAUGAAGGCCAAGAGGAACAAGGCUUUUGAUUCUUUUACAAAAGCUGUGAAAGCAGAUCCUGAUUUUGCAGAAGGCUUUUAUCAACGUGGGCUUUGUAAAGUAAAACUCCACAAGGACAGUUCAAUCCUGGAUUUUAAUCGUGCAAUUACCCUUGAUCCAAAACAUUACCAGGCAUAUUUAAGUCGAGUAGCCUACUAUGGUUUGAAAGGCAGAUACUCCAAAGCAAUCUUGAGUUGUAAUGAGGCCAUCCAAAUUUAUCCUCAGAGUGUGCGUGCCUACCUCUACAGAGGAGUUCUGAAAUACUACAACAAGACUUACAAACUAGCGAUUACAGAUUUAACUACAGCUAUCAACAUGGAUAAAAACAGUUAUAUAGCAUUUUAUAACAGAGCAUUAUGUUACACCAAGAUAAAUGAACUUCAAAUGGCAUUAACAGAUUAUGGAAUUGUGCUUCUCCUUGAUGCUGGAGAAACCGUGAUGUUAAACGCCUUUAUUAAUCGUGGACUCAUCUACACAGAACUAGAGCAGUUCAGUUUUGCAUUAGAGGAUUUUAAACAAGCUGCACUGAUAAGCAAGACUAAUGUGAGCCUUUGUCAAGCUACUGCCAUGUGCUAUCACAGAAAUAAAGAGUUUGAAGAAGCUGUCAAUUUCUUUACCUGGGCUGUGAAAAUUGAUCCCUACUUUCUGGAUGCUUACAUCGGACGGGGAAAUUCUUACAUGGAAUAUGGACAUGAUGAGGCCAUCAGACAAGCACAGAAGGACUUUCUGAAAGCACUGCAUUUUAAUCCAGUCUAUACAAAAGCCAGAAUUUGUUUAGGCUAUAAUUUGCAGGCCCAAGGAAAAUUCCAGAAAGCUUGGAACCACUUUACCAUUGCCAUAGAAGUUGAUCCGAAGAGCUACCUAGCCUAUGAAGGAAGAGCUGUGGUCUCUCUUCAGAUGGGUGAUAAUUUUGCUGCAAUUCAGGAUAUAAAUGCUGCCAUAAAGAUCAAUACUAGAGCAGAAUUCUUAACAAAUCGUGGUGUGAUUCAUGAGUUUAUGGGUCAACAACAGAAUGCAAUGAGAGACUAUCAAGCAGCAAUUUCUCUAAACCCCAUGUACUCGCUGGCUUACUUUAAUGCAGGAAAUAUCUAUUUUCACCACAGACAGUUUUCCCAGGCUAUUGACUACUUCUCAAAGGCUUUAAAGUUUGAUCCAGAAAAUGAAUGUGCUACCAUGAAUCGAGCUAUUGCAAAUACAGUAUUAAAGAGAUAUGAAGAAGCAAAAGAAGACUUUGCACAUGUAGUUGAAAGCUGUCCAUUUUGGGCUGCAGUAUAUUUUAACAGAGCAUACUUCUACUGUUGUUUAAAGCAAUAUGAACUAGCUGAAGAAGACCUAAGUAAAGCUCUGUCUUUGAAACCUAAUGAUGCUCUAGUAUAUAAUCUUAGAGCAGAAGUUCGUGGUAAAAUAGGUCUGAUUGAUGAAGCUGUGGCUGACUAUAACCAAGCACUUUAUCUUCAGGAACAUGCCUCAGUGGUAUGACUACAUAGACCAUGGAUUCUGUGGUAGUUUACACAGCUGUUCUUCCAUAAAUUGAAAAGUAUUUGUUGCUUUAAAAAAAGUUUGCACUGUCUUCAUUGUUUUGUGCUUUAUGUUUAGUCUUUUAUAUAAUUCUUUAAUGCAUUUUAGC